AUGAAAAAUAAAACCGUGUUAACUGAGUUUAUCCUUCUGGGUCUAACAGAUGUCCCUGAACUCCAGGUGGCAGUUUUCACCUUUCUUUUCCUUGCGUAUUUACUCAGCAUCCUUGGAAAUCUGACUAUCCUCGUCCUCACCUUGCUGGACUCCCACCUUCAGACUCCCAUGUAUUUCUUUCUCCGGAACUUCUCCUUCUUGGAAAUUUCCUUCACAAACAUCUUCAUUCCAAGGGUCCUGAUUAGCAUCACAACAGGGAACAAGAGUAUCAGCUUUGCUGGCUGCUUCACUCAGUAUUUCUUUGCCAUAUUCCUUGGGGCCACAGAGUUUUACCUUCUGGCUGCCAUGUCCUAUGACCGCUAUGUGGCUAUCUGCAAACCUCUGCACUACACCACCAUCAUGAGCAGCAGAAUCUGCAUCCAGCUGAUUUUCUGCUCUUGGCUGGGUGGGCUAAUGGCUAUUAUACCACCAGUCACCCUGAUGAGUCAGCAGGACUUUUGUGCAUCCAACAGACUGAAUCAUUACUUCUGUGACUAUGAGCCUCUUCUGGAACUCUCAUGUUCAGACACAAGCCUCAUAGAGAAGGUUGUCGUUCUUGUGGCAUCUGUGACCCUGGUGGUCACUCUGGUGCUAGUGAUUCUCUCCUAUGCAUUCAUUAUCAAGACUAUUCUGAAGCUCCCCUCAGCCCAGCAAAGGACAAAAGCCUUUUCCACAUGUUCUUCCCACAUGAUUGUCAUCUCCCUCUCUUAUGGAAGCUGCAUGUUUAUGUACAUUAAUCCCUCUGCAAAAGAAGGGGAUACAUUCAACAAGGGAGUAGCUCUACUCAUUACUUCAGUUGCUCCUUUCUUGAACCCCUUUAUUUACACCCUAAGGAACCAACAGGUAAAACAAGCCUUCAAGGAUAUGGUCAAAAAGCUUGUGAAUCUUUAA